GCAUACAGCAAGCAAAAGUAAACAAACAAAUAGCACGUUUUUACAAUUUUUGCAAUUCAAUCAUUUAUAUUUCUAGAUGCUAUAAUUAAAGUUCGUUUUGAUUGCGCUAUUCGUUUACGUGAUUUUUUGCUUGUUUUUUAAUUUUAUGAUAUUUAAGAAAGUAAAUAUUUCAACCACUAAAAAUUAGCGUAGAUUUAUUCCCUGAAAUCUUAUUGCUGUAGCACAUGCAUUUAUAUUAAGUUUCUCUUGCUUAAUGUUGAUGGCUGUUAUUUUGUGAAAAUAUCUAUUUUAUUCAGUGCACAUUAUAAGUAUAUUGGUUCUAAAAACUUAUGCAGAUAGACAAAAAUUCUUUUAAUAUUUAGAGCUUUAAAGAUACUUUCGAAAGAUGAAAAGAAAGGCUGAAGAAAUCAAAAAUGGUCUUAAAAACAAAAAGAAACUGAAACGUACAACCAUGGAAAAUGAAGAUGAAGAAAUUCAUAAAGCAGAAUCCUUGGAUAUUCAGACUAUUCGAGAAGGCAUGCUUCUAUUGGGAAGUAUUAUUGAAAUUAGGUCCAAUUGUCUUUUGAUGUCUAUACCUGGUUGUCUAGUGGGCACUAUUCCUGUGACAAAUAUUAGUAAUAGGUAUACAGAAGUUUUAAAAGAGUUCUCUGAAAGUGGAACAACUGAAGAAGUAAGACUUAAUUUAUGCAAUUUUUAUAUCAAUUUGCUAUGUCUGUUACAUAAUUGACUCGUUAAUGACUAA